GUCAGUAUAGAGCGUGCGCGUCUAACAAUAAGAUAAUAUUUUAACUUCUUUUCGAUUAUCAUUAAGAAUAAAAGGCCGGUAGUAUUUUUUUUGAAGAAAUAAGAGAAAAAAAAAUGCGUUCAGUGUUAAUAACUGGUGGUAACCGAGGGAUCGGUCUUGGUAUUGUUAAAAAAUUGAUUCAAGGAACAAAAUUUCAACCGGAAUUUAUCUUUGCUACAUGUCGAGACGUUAGCAAAGCGACAGAACUCAAAACACUUGCUGAUUCAAAUCCAAAAUUACAUAUAAUUGAAAUUGAUCUAAACAAUGUAAAGGAUUAUAAUAAAGUAUUUGAGGCAAUUAAUGAAAAAGUCGGUGAUGCUGGAUUAAAUCUUCUAAUUAAUAAUGCGGGAGUUUCGACAAAAUUCACUCGACUUGGAUUGGUUAAAGAGGAACAGCUUAAAGAUAAUUUUGCUAUUAAUACAAUUGCUCCUAUUAUGCUAACACAGAAACUUUUGCCACUUUUAAAAAAAGGAGCCAAAAUUCAAGAAGAUAAACCAAUGAGUGUUUCGAGAGCAGCAAUUGUUAAUAUUUCUUCAAUUCUUGGAAGUAUUGCACAAAAUGAUUCAGGCGGAUAUUAUCCUUAUAGAUGUAGCAAGAGUGCAUUAAAUGCAGCAACAAAAUCAAUGAGUGUUGAUUUAAAAGAAAAUGGAAUUUUGGCAGUUUGUGUUCAUCCAGGUUGGGUGAAAACUGAUAUGGGCGGAUCUCAAGCACCGUUGGAAAUUGAAAACAGCGUUGAAGAUAUUUUAAAUACUUUGCAAAAUUUAAAAGCCGAAAAUACUGGUACUUUUUUGCAACAUGACGGUACUACUUUGCCUUGGUAAAAAGAGAGAAUUUCUUUUUUUUUUUUUUGAAUUCUCACAAAAUUGUAAAUUAUAAUUGAAUCAAAUAGAUUUUUAUAUUACUUUCUAUAAUUCUCGGAAUUAUUUCCUUAAUUGCUCUAAAUACCUUUGGCAUUGACGCCUUGAAUUCUAAUAGAAAAUUUAUUGUAAACUGAGAUCUUGAAUACCUAUAUAUUUAAAAAAAUUGUAAUUUCAAUAAUAAAAAUUUCAUUACACUAAAUUGUAUUAUUUUCAAAUAAAGGAAUUAUUAAAAAAUAUAAAAA